AUCGUUCAGUGUGUCUGAUCAAAUCAAGUCACAAUGGUAUUCAAGUUAAUCAGUCUUUUUGCCUUGGUGGCUGUAGCAAGUGCUAGUUACAAUCCAUUUGUACCAAUUACUUAUACAUCAGGUGCACCUUUUGUUAAUGCUGCUUACACUUCAUACAGACCACUUGCUACAGGUGUUGCUUACACAUCAGGUGUAUCAUUGGCUAAUAUUAAUUAUGCUUCAUAUGCACCAGCAACAUACACUGCAAGUGCACCAUUAGCUGCUUAUGCUUCAUAUGCACCAGUUUCAUACACUCCAAGUGCACCAGUACAUUAUGUUGCACCAGUUGUCAAAUAUGUUGCACCUACAGUUGUCGUUGCCAAUGCAACUGAAGAGCCAUUUGAUUCACAUCCAAAAUACAGCUUCAAUUAUAAUGUAGAAGACUCUAAAACUGGAGAUUAUAAAAGCCAAGAAGAAACACGUGAUGGUGAUAUGGUCAAGGGUAGUUAUUCAUUCAUAGAGAGUGAUGGAACAAAAAGAACUGUUGAUUAUACAGCCAAUGAUGCUGAUGGAUUCAAUGCUGUUGUUAAAAAUGAACAAGUUACAGGUACUCUUGUAAAAUCUACACCAGUUGUUGCAACAACAGCUAAAGUUGAAGAUAAAACUGAUGAAUAUUAUCAAUCAACUCCAAUUUUUCAAACAUCACCAUUUUCACGUGCUUAUAUUGCUCCAAUUGCUGCUCCACUUCAAUGGUUCUGAUUCAUUUAAAAUAAUGAAUUUUUCUA